AUGCCUUCCGCAUACAAAGGCAAGGGCAAGGGCCGCGAUGCGCGCCGGUCGCGUAGCCGCAACACCACCCCGUCCAGCGCUAGUGCCCCCGCUAUCCCCUCAUUGCCUAUCCAAAGCUACCUGGAGAAUGAUGUCACCAAUCACAUUGAUGAGGCUAGCCUGCAGUACUCUGAAGUGUUGGAAUUGGUGUCUGCGCAAAACAUUCCGGACUCGAAAACACUUGAGACCUUAGUGGACCACCUGAAGAGUCUUAGUGACAUGGCCGAUAUUCGGGGCGAAAUUUGCAAUGCUGGGAUGAGGGAGAUGUCUCAUAAGCGCAAGGAAGUGGAAGACCAGGAGCUUGAACGCGAAGUUCUAAAUCGCUCCAGGUUGAAGCGUGAAACCGAAGAGGAUGACGAUAUCCACAAGGGCGGGAAGCUAAAAAAGCGGAAAGAUCGCGCAAGUGCAAAGGAAGAGCGACCAUUAAAUCAUGGGGCGCAUGAGCUUGCCCGUCAGGACGGAGCUGAGACUAAGGUUGAAGGAGCGGCUUCGCCAGCGUCAAAGGAAUCCAAGAAUGCGCUAUCAGAUGAAAGCUCUUCGCUUUCACCUCCAUCUAUGAUGUCUCCCCACGGCGCAACCACUGCGGGCGAUGGUCCUCCCCCCGGCAGCCCCGGCUCGGAGACCAGCGCCGAUUCUCACCAACCCGAGCCGCAACCCUCCAUCCCUCAAGUCCAAGUCUUUGGCGAUAACCCGCUGAAGUUUGACGAUCCGACAAUUUACAACAUUCGAGAAGUCCUCCCCGGCAUGACCGACGACGAAAAGAAAGAGAUUUACAGCGUUGCAGUGUUCCCUAAGACUGAUCUCGCCCACAUGGCAGCUGGUGUGGCUCCGGAUAAGGACUUCAGCAACGCCAAACCUUCCAAUCAAGUCAGCGCGAACACUUUCCAAACUUACAUUGAGCCGUACGUUCGGCCCCUUACCGAGGAGGACAUCGCAUGGUUAAAAGAAAGGGGUGAUCGCACUACCCCGUUCAUUAUGCCCCGUCGUGGAAAGAAGAACUAUCGCCAGCUCUGGGCGGAGGAGGAUGGGGUUUCCUACGAUGCGAGCCAGGAUGACAAGGAUCAGCUACCUUUGAAUCAAGGCCGCGGGAGUAUCGAACAGCUCACUGACGACAAAGCGGAAACCAAUGAAGUCUCGAUCGGACCUCUCCUCAGCCGGCUCUGCUCUCUCCUCCGCUACGAGCACCGCACUUUACCCGAAGACAACACCCCGAACGCAAAUGGCGACACUUCCAGCCUGGGUGGAGAUGCAAUGGAUAUCGACCAACCCAGCGCCGAGAAGGAGAAUAAGAGCGAAAUAAAGCCUUAUCCUGCUGCGACUACCUUCCGUGACGCAGACCCCAAUGACUUCAAGACUUCGGUCGCCAAACUGGAUCAUGCGCAGCUCGAUGAACGCGCAAAAGCCGAACUACGAUACAUUGGUUUCCUCGGUCCAGAUGAUACCCCCGACUACGAUGCUCAUUAUGACGAUGAAGUUGCCGAGCGCCUCCGCCUACUCCAAAGCGAACUCAAGAAACAAAUCGUCACCAACAAUGCGCGUAAAGCUCGCAUUCUAAAGACUGCCCAGGAGCACAUGGCCAUGCUCGAAUUCACCACCAUCCAAGACGACCUCGACUCCCAAGUCCAACAGGCCUACCUCAAGCGCACCCGCACAAUGGGCAAGAGCAAGAAGGGCGCCCAGGCCAAACACCGGCCUGGCGCUGCAGGCGGCAGCGUCGCUGCUGUGGGCGUUUCCCGUCCUGCUGUCGGGGAUGCUGCCAAGAUUGUCAUGGACCGUCGUCGUCGCUGGAACGAGGCGUUCUUGCCUAUCUUCGAAGACAUCAAGACUACCAUUCCUUCUGCGGAUGAGUCGAUCUUUGAACCAGAAGUUAUGGCCGAAUACGAGAAGGCCGAGCUGGAGAAUUGGGACGAGGAAUAG